AUGGGUGACACAUUUUUGGUUCAUCCGUUUGAAAAACCAAAAUGGUUUAUAAGACAUCAAAAUGUUGCGUAUAACCUUGAAAGAGGUUUAAUAGGGACCGGAAAUUUUUCCGAUAUUUACGAAGGCAAAUUAUGUGGCAAAAUAUCAGUGGCACUAAAAGUAUGCCAUGGACCAACAGGUGAAAGCUCAAAUCUAGAGGAUGCGAAAGAAGCACUGGUGCGUGAAGCUUGUUUGAUGUCUCAGUUUAAGCAUCCAAACAUUGUUAAGUUUUUUGGAAUAUGUUACGAUGUGCCAUCCAUAUGUGUCAUAAUGGAACAGUGUACAGGUGGUUCAUUAGAUAAUCAUUUACAACAAUGGGCGUAUAAAAUUACAAUCGGUGAACGAAUUUUGUACGGUUUAGAAACAGCGAAAGGAAUGUGUUAUUUGCAGGGAAAAGAUUUGAUACAUCGUGAUUUGGCUACACGAAAUUGUUUGAUUAGUAAAUAUGGUGUAAUUAAAAUUUCUGAUUUUGGUCUUAGCCUAUUAGCUAAUGACCAUACUGUUAUUUGGAAAAAACAAAAGGUACCCAUACGAUGGAUGGCACCAGAAACUAUUCAACAUAAACCACGUUAUAGCGUUAAAAGUGAUGUUUGGUCAUAUGGUGUGCUCUUAUAUGAAAUUUUUAAUAAUGGUAUUAAACCGUGGCCAAAUUUGGAUGUGCGACAAUGUGCAACAAAUAUCAGACGUGGUGUUAUGCCUGAUAUGCCAGAAAUAACACCUAAAGAAAUAAUUCGUUUGGUAAGGAAAUGCUGGAAAAUAAGUGUUGAAAAACGAUGUGACUUUAAAUAUAUUGUCAAAAAACUUAAAAAACUUCAAUUAUGUUAUGCACCACCAGAAAUUGCCGAUUUAACAAUUGCAAAAUUGAAAAAUGUGAAAGCAUUAACCGAAGAAGGAGCCGAAACUCAGGAAGAAAAAGAUGACUGUGAAGCGGAAUCGAUAACACAAACAGUAAUCGAAGGCACAAGCACUGGAAAAUGGAUUACUGAUUCGACAGCUAUGCAUAAGAAGGACAAUACAGAUGAAGCUUCAUCUGUUUCUGAUCAAAUUGAAAAAAAGGAAGAAUUGGAAAGAAAAAGAAUGAGAGAAGAUGAUUUGGCAAUUCUGAAUGAAGCUAUUCUGGAAUAUGUCGCAGCUGAAAUUGAGAAAUUGUUGGCUUCCAAACGUAAACAUAAACGAAGACAUGCAAGCAAUACAUUCCUUUUAAAAAAUUUAUCGCAUUUUGAUAAAUCUAAAAAGAAACUUGAUAGAAAGCAUCGUCGAAGUCGUCGAUCAUCUGAAAGUUCAUUUUUAAAAGAAGACGAAAGUUCUACAAUUAAAAAAAGUAGCAAAGAUUCGAGAGAGAGUAAAACUCAAUUGAAAGAAAGUGAAGCUUUAUCGAAAGAUAGUGGAAGUUCUUCAGCCAAGGAUGAAGCUUUUUGCAAAGUAAAAGAGAAAUCAGCAGGAGAAAGUGAAAUUUCUUCAAAUGUGAGCGAUAUGCAGGAUAGUAGUAGUUGUCAAACAGAUGACAAGCUAAUGAAUCAAAAUAAAGAAAGCCGAAAUGAUGAACCAAUAGUUAUAAGUAAUGAAAAGAGGAGUAAGAAAAAUGCGACGAAUAAUUCAAACAACAUAAAAAAUACUGAAAUGCCGGAAAAAUAG